CGCUUCCACAAGGUUCACAUGUGCUCGUCGUUCCCAUUCUCGCACCAACGACUUCCCCCUUGCGCCACAGAACCCAAGAGGUCACGAUCUCGUCCAUCUGACGUCUUAAGAACACCCCUCUAUCUCUUGCCGCGCUUCUCUCCCUCCUCACUUUUCUCUGGCGUCCACUAGCCAGCCGCGAAGAUGAGCGAUCGCUCGAACAGUGUAGGCUACUCUUGCCUGGUACAAGCUGUGGAAUACUGUCGAUGCAUCCUAUGGGCCGCCGCGUUAUUCUCACCCUGGAGCACCCUCUGGAGGGGCCAAUGCGACUAGUUCAAUCGUGCGCGUUCGCGUCUGUGCCUUCUCAAAUUCCUCACUUCACCCGCGGGAAGAGUGCUCCUUUACGUCGUCGCCCCAACACAGGCGACAGAUCUGUAGCUUUUGGUGUGGCGAACGCGUCAGCCCGCGCUGCUUCGCGUCCCACCCGGGUGCGCUAACGCUUCCCAAGGGCGCGGUUCCAUUCAGUUCUUGCCGCUCGAGAAGCCAGCCCGUGCUCAGGCGGUGCCUUAGGAGCUCCUCAAGGCCGUAGCGUGUCGCGUUAUAUGAAACUCUCAAUCGUGCGCUGGGACGGUCGACGGACACCUCGACGACUGGGAGGCCCUCCGGGCGCGGCGGCCUCUUCUCGAUGGCGCGUAUGGUCUGUUCUUACCAUCUCUGGGGGCCUCCGGUCUACUCGCCGUUGUCUGGUGAUGCACACCUCGCGGGCGUGCAUCGCGUUCUCCCCAGCGACACCCACAGUUCGAAGGGGGCUGUUUGCCACACGCCCUGGACUAUCCGACCUCGUCCUAGUCGUGGCGCUUCAGUCUUGCCUCGUUCCUUGCUCGUGCGUCCUCCGAUGCGCUCGAUGCUGAUCUUGCUCCCCGGAUCUCGACAAGCUCCCCACGCAGACCAGAUCCAACGAUCCCGACUCCCACACGUGAUAACCUCGCGUAGAUCCACGUGCAUUGCAUAAUGCAGCGCAGGCUCGCAGCUGCCCUCCUCGAGAUCGCUCGCAAUCAAGGUUGUCCGUGACGGCGCGCUUGUGCGGGCCGUGGUUCUCGGAUCUUGCGCUGCUGGCCCCGCCAUGCACGCUGCGGCCGCGCCGUAGGGCGGAGGAUGGGGCGCGCUAGCAGCGCGUCCUCGCGCUCUCGAAGAUCUUCAGCGGCGCGGGCAGGC